AAAGUUUUACGUUGUCAAGUCGUGCAAUACUGAACCUACAACAAAUCCAAUGAUCUUGCAAAGGAAACAUAGGCAUUGUUUAUAUUUCUAUUGUUAUCUCGUAAUGAAGACGUAAUCGAUUUGUCUCCGUAUCGAAGGCUUGUCUGCACAGGAUAUUGGGUUUCUUUGAGUUCCUUUUGUUUUAGUAUAAAACCCACCAAAUACAAUGAUGAAAUAUCAGUUGUUUCUCAAAUUUCAUUGUGAUUUACAACUUAAAAACAUUUAACAAUGUUCAAGUCAGGUGUUGUGUAUUGUUUUGUUGUUGCCGUGUUCUUCAAGAAUGCUUUGGCCAUAACUGAUGAGUUAAAAUCUCAUAUAGAAGCAAAGUUCUUGACAGUUGGUGCAGAAUGUAUAAAAGAACAUCCCCUAACAAUUGAAGAUCUGUCUGCUUUUAAGAGCAGAGUCUUCCCUGAAGGUGAAAAUGCUGGAUGCUUCUCCGCUUGUAUUUUCAACAAACUUGGAUUGUUUGACGACAAAGGUUCUUUAUCCCACUUAACAGCUCUAGAAAACGCCAAGAAAGUAUUUGAAGAUCAAGGAGAAUUAGAAAAUAUUGAGAAAUUCCUCACCACUUGUGCUAAAGUCAACGACGAGGAAGUAUCUGAUGGGGAAAAAGGCUGCGAGAGAGCAAAAUUGGCUUACAACUGCUUCAUCGAAAAUUAUGAACAACUCGGAUUUGAUCUGGAGUUCUAAAGGAAUAGAGAAGACAACUCCUUACUCCUAUCAACACGUGGACGCACAAUAAUAUUUGCACCCUUAUGUUUAUAUACAAUAAGGUUUAAUUUACAUUAAUAAUGUUAUGUGUUAGAGAGCUAACAUUAGUAUUAUAGCACGGAUUGCGGACCUAUCAUAAGAUUUAUUUUUAAUCACAUUAUAAUUAUUUAAUCUA